CAGUUCAUCCUUUUUGGCGCUUAAAAAAAGAAAAAGAAAUGGUUUAUUGGCUUGAUGGCCGAGACCUCCCUUUGAAAGAAAUCCUUCCACGUCGGCCCCAGUACUACGUCUCCGUUUCGCGCGACGAGGAACUCAGGGAUGUGGUUCGUGCUGUUAGGACGCAAGCGAAUAAUCUUCGAAACGCGAUUAGCAAUAACGACUAUUUGCAAUGGUUGACGUCGGCGAGGGAAUACAUAGAGUGGGUCGUCUGGGUCUCGCGACGAUAUGCACUUUGGGGUUACGAGGAUAAGGUCAAGGGGUUCAGUACCUGCGUCGAGGUCUUUUCAUGGCUGGACAACAUCCAAUCCAAUUGGUCCGCACGUAUCUCCAAAGAAACGUUUGACAUUGCUCGUCAACGUUAUACCGCAUCCUUACCCAUCGGUACUGUUUCCCCUCCAUCUAUGCGCACUAAAUCUUUACCCAAGGCUACGGAGUGGGAGCAGGAGCGUGAACGCGAACAUGACGGCGAGCCCGUUCCUGAUACUCCUGCCGCACUUCCAUCAUCAUCAUCCUCAUCCCCUCCAAAACCAAUGGAGACACCAAAAAAGCCCUCAAAGGCUGGUCAUAGACGCUCCUCCUCCACUCCUUGCGCAGAUGCUCCGAAAUCCUCACCAGAAAGGAUAAAGAUUCCUGUUACGAAAGCAUCAAUCCACGCAGUCCCUCGACGUCGUUCAACUUCAACUCAUCCUGGAGAGAAAUCCUCCACUUCCAGACCCUUUUCUCUAUCGCCCCUCGAAGAAGCCGAGACUUCAAAAAAGGAAAAAUUCCACAAACGGCGUUCCAAAGACCUUCCACUACCACAACAACCAACAACGGACCUCUCUCCAACGUCCCCAUCAGCUCCAUCAGAUAAGAAGAAGAGACUGGAGCGUGCGUCGUCGUCCAAAUCGCCUCAGGAAAUCUCAGCAGCGCGGAAAUCGAGAACUGUUCUACGUAUGCCUGGGUAUCGCGUUGUAACUGGGGAUGGCGGUGAUGACGAGAUUCUAGUGCUGAGGAUGUAGGAAGUGCGAAGGGGAAAAGAGUGUGAGGGAGAAAGAGAGAGAGGGGUGAGGGAGGUGAUUUUAUAUUCGGCUAUUUACAUAAGGGGUUUUUCAUGAUCAGGGCUUUGUUUCCACCGUCAUAAUUGUUGCAGUAAUCAUGCAUAUAAUUCCAGGGCCAAAUUCAUAGCUAAUACAAG